GGGCUACACAGAGAGAGAAACCCUGUCUCAAAACAAACAAAAAAGAACUAACGUACAAAGAAAUAGAUGUAAUAAAGACAAUUUGGGUUUUUUUGUUUGGUUGGUUUGGAUUGGUUUUUCGAGACAGGGUUUCUCUGUAUAGUCCUAGCUGUCCUGGAACUCACCAUAGUGGCCUCUAACUCAGAAAUCCACUUGCCUCUGCCUCCCGAGUGCUGGGAUUAAAGGCGUGCGCCACCACGCCCGGCUGACAAUUUGGUUUUUAAAAAGUAGAUGACACAGUCUGCAUAAAUCUGAGUUCAAGGCCAGCCUGCUCUACAGAGUGAGUCUCAAGACAGCCAGGGCUACACAGAAACUCGGUCUCAAAGAAACUAAAAUGUGGAAGACACCAAGACUGACUUCUGGCCUCUACAUUCACCCACUACCACCACCCACACACAGAGGCAGCUUGUCUAUCCAGCUGUCUCUGGCACAGUGGUCCUUUGUUCCAUCUGCCAUCUUUAUUCCCGUCUUUCUCCCUGUAUCCUCUGUCCCUUAUCUCUUUUAUCUGCCGGUUAGUAUUUGUUCUAUGGGAUUCCACUGCCCUAAUCUCUCUCUCUGAUCCCCAUUCUCAGAUGCCUGUGGAUGCUGGAAGGAUUCUAGCUUCCUCUUACCUGUGGUUGUCAGCGUCUACAUAUCUGCCUCUCUGUCUUUCUGGUCCUCUCCUGACCUGUGCAUCUGUGUGUGUGUGUCCCCAUCUCUGGUGUCUGACUGUGGCACGUGCGUGAGUGUGUACAUGUCCCUCGAAACUCCGUCCUCUCCAUGUCUGUGUCCAUGUGAACUCUGGGGUUGACUCUCUACCCGUCGAUCACUGUAGCCCUCCCUCCUCCAUGUGACCUUGCUCUGUGGUGGGCAUGUACUGUGUGUGCUUGGCUUUCAGUCUGCCCGUGCCUGUGCCCAUCUCUCACUUCCCAUUUUCCCUAUGUCUGUUUUCUUUUUUAUUGCCUCUCCACCCCCAGGAGUGUGUGCACAUACAUGUGCAUGUGUGUGCACAUGCACACUGCACAUAAGCCUGUGUGUAUGUACAUAUGCAUCAGAGGACAACUAGACACUCACUUCAUGGUUCCUGGUGAUAGGAACCCUGGUUCCUCUGGUUCCAAGUUGUCCAGCUUGGUGGAACGUGCCAUUACCCAGGGAGUCUUUUUUGAGACAGGGUCUCACUGUAGCUGUCCUAGCUUAUAUAGACCAGGCUGGCCUCAAACUCAGAGCUCUGCCUGCUUCUGCUUCCCAAGUGCAGGCAUUUAACAGCACACACCACCAUGCCCAGCUUUAACUUCGCUUUGUAUCUCUGCAUCUUUUUCUGUCUCUGCUCCACCCACUUUGUCAUUAACCACCCUAGUAGUCUGGCCGAGGCGGAUGUAGAGGAGAUGAUUCAGUAGUGACAGGAAGCCAACUGCCUUGCCCACUGCUCACCAGAGUCAGUGGUGUUGGCAUCAGCUUGGGCAGGUGUGCGGCACAAGAUGAAGGGGCCAUGGUGAGGAGCCCUCACCCUCAGGUAAGCCUUUCCCAGGGGUGCUCCCCUGUUGUGCUACACCCCACAAGACCCUUAGGGAUAGACGGAGCGGAAGCCGAGAUACCUGAUACCUCCCACCCUGGCCUAGUGCUGUGGCCCUUAAGGAAAGCCUAUGCAGGGCUCCAGGCACCCACUUAUCUAUCAUUGGCUUCCCAAACCCCUAGCCUCUGAGACCCCCCAAGAAGCCCCUAGGGUGGUUCUGUCACUACCAGUGACUGGAGAGGGCCAGCUAAGAGCCAGAGAUGUGAGAUUCUCCCGCCCGUUGAGGGUUGGCUAAUGCCACAGGCCUGUGUAUGGAACUUGGAUGCUUUGGGGAACUGUGCCCAAGCCCUGUUCCAGCCAGGAGGAAGUUGCUAUCCCCAGAAGUCCAUCCAGGCCUGAGCCAGCUUGUACUUUCUGACAGAUAAUCCUUGUAACGUUGGUGGGCUCCUUGGUUCCGGCUUUGAACAGGUGGCCCAGAUUGACCAGGGACAAGGCCUGCCAGACCUCUGUACAUAGACAUACUCACAUAUGUACGUGAACAGUCGCCCGCUGGCCUCCAGUAGGUGUCUUCAGGGUCUUCUCUCCGCCUCAUUUGAAGGCCCAAGUUAUUUGGUCAGACUGGGUACUGUACACUCCUCCAUCAGGGCAUUAGGAAUGCUGAGGUGGGGAGACCCUAAGUUCAAGGCCAGGCAGUACUCCAUUGUGAGGCCCUGCCGCAAAGGCUCAAACCACAGAAAUGUUAUUCAGCUAAGCCUGCAGGCCUCAGAGUAGCACCCCAUGAAUAAAGCCAUCCCUGGUGUGAGACGGGUCAUGUACUUCAUCCAACAGACCCUCAUGGCCUUUUUACCCCGAAGAACGAGCUGCCGCAGUGAUCACUCACGAAGGGCCACUGAGCCUUACAGCCUCUUCCCCAAGCCAACAUGAGUGCCGAGCUGGAGCUGCUGUGGCCGGUGUCGGGAUUAUUGCUGCUGCUGUUGGGGGCCACAGCCUGGCUGUGUGUCCACUGCUCCCGUCCAGGAGUGAAGAGAAAUGAGAAAAUCUACGAGCAGAGGAACCGGCAAGAAAAUGCACAGAGCUCAGCUGCGGCUCAGACAUACUCCCUGGCCAGGCAGGUGUGGCCAGGACCCCAGAUGGACACAGCUCCAAACAAGUCAUUUGAAAGGAAGAACAAGAUGCUGUUCUCCCACCUUGAGGGUCCUGAGUCCCCUAGGUACCAGAACUUCUACAAAGGAAGUAACCAGGAGCCUGAUGCUGCCUAUGUAGACCCCAUCCCUACAAACUACUACAACUGGGGAUGUUUCCAGAAGCCCUCAGAAGACGACGAUUCCAACUCCUACGAGAAUGUGCUCGUCUGCAAGCCCAGCACCCCCGAGUCAGGUGUCGAGGACUUUGAGGAUUACCAGAACUCAGUAUCCAUCCAUCAGUGGCGAGAGUCCAAGAGGACUAUGGGUGCACCAAUGUCCCUAUCAGGAAGCCCAGAUGAGGAGCCAGACUAUGUGAAUGGGGAUGUGGCCGCAGCAGAGAACAUCUAGGAGAGAACCAAUCAAUCGGAAGGAAGAAGGGCCCGAGGAUGGGGGAUCUGAGCGGGAACUGAAGCCUUUACUGCCUGCUGAAUAAAGCCUGUUCUCCAGGGAUGCUCAAGUUUCACACCCUGGCCGUGGCUGCUCCACAGCCUGGGAGACACUGGGCAUCGCCAGAGCCCCAACCCUCAAGUGAUGCCCUGGACUUCUUUGGGGGCAAAGCAAGUGCCCAGAGGAUAUAGACUGUGCUGACUGGAAGCCCAAGACCUGAGGCAAGAUGUGUCCCCAGUCUCACAUCUAAAAUGAGGCACAACAGUGGCAUUUGUGGGUUUUGUUUUUGUUUUGGCUGCAGGAUCUCACUAAGUUACUCAGGCUGAUCUCAAACUUGUAACCCUCAGUCCUAGUGUUGGGAUUGCGGCAUACCAGUUUUUUUUUUUCCUUUCUUUGUUUGGACCUCAGAUUACUUAUGUCGACUUCUAGGACUGUUGCUAUGACUCUUUUUGUGGUUAACUGAAGUUGCUGGAGUCGUAUUUAAUAUUGUCAAUGUCAGGGGGUUCCCUGUCUCAGAGCAUUAUGUGUACUAACUGUAGCAGAGGAAUGGGGUGUGGGGUAACCUGGGAUCGCUUUGGUUUCUUAGUGGGCUCCAGUUUGUUCUGAUCUUUCAUUCCUGCGGGGACCUUGUGCGUCGGUGAUAGGGAAAUAAAACUGCCCCCUCACCAAACACCAAUAAACCCUGUGAGUGUGAGAGCAGGCGCUGCACACAUGCCUUUGUUUAAA